GCUGUGGUGGUGUGGAGACUUGCGCAGUCGAAGCUUCCUUGGAGCGCAGAGUGUUUACUGAGCUUGGCUCGGCACUCGGGUGGUUGUGGUGGUGUGAGACUUCUGGUGAUCGAAUGGCAGCAGCGAGCUGAAGUUAUGGUUCAAGCCCAGGCCAGGGGAUGACUGAUUUGAAUGGGAGAAUGCGGGAUAUAUUUGUGAGACCAAGGGAGAGCUCAGACCAUGAUUGGAACUCGGCUUGUCACCACCAGAAACGGGCAGCAUUUGGUGAUGCUUAGUUGCAGAACCAAGUGAUGCCUUUGACGGGACACUCACACUGGUUUCUGAAUGGUGAGGUGAGUCUUUAGGAUCCAGGUGAACUGAGCUUGGCUCAACAUUCGGGUGGCUGUGGUGGUGUGGAGACUUGCUGCAGUCGAAGGAUCCUUGUGAGUGUGGAGCGUUUACUGAGCUUGGAUUGGCACUCUGGUGGUUGUGGUGUUGUGGAGACUUGCGGUAGUCAAAGCUUCCUUCCGAGCGCGGAGUGUUUCCUGCUCCAAAGCUAGACGCAGGAGACGCAUCCAUGAGCGGCUUGGCUCGUGAUCGCAUCACUUCUCUAUAGAAAUUGGCAACAACCCUAGAGGUUGCAUGAACCAAAGGAGGAUUUGACACCAUGAUUUGCAAGGCGUUACUGGACCCUUGCACGUAGGUAGGCUGUUGCGGGACAUUUGCGGGAGUGUGUGUUGCGAUAUCAUCUUCAACAACACAAACCGAGCCAGACGAAACAGAGUCAGAGCAACUUGCCGCUAUGUCCACAAUGGGUGUGGCGGCUGGUAUUGUCUGCGGAUCCGAAUCUUGUCGUAAAAUGUCGAGGCUGGAGCUUGAAAAAGUGAGAUCUACGUUCUGGCUGGGGAAUCUUGGUCGUUUGCUGUUUUCAUCCUUUACAGGACGAUCAAAAGGAUCCUGCAACAGUGGUAUGCUGGUGGUGGUACUGUUUUGAGCAACUGGGAGGAGGGUUUGAUGAAAACAUUGUGUAUGUCGCGGUGGGAAAACCCUUUGACCAAACGAAUCAUAUGAUUGUUUACCGGUUGUGGCUCUCUGUCCAAGGCUUUGAUGAUCGGUUUUUGCAUGUUGUGUUGGGGCAGCCGUUUGACUGAUUGAUUUUGCAGUCAUUGUCGGGCUUCCGUUAGAUACAGGGAUCAAGGUUUGAUUAUGACCAGGUUUUGUGUGUUGUCGUGAGCCAUUCAUCAUGUGGCCAAAUUUAUCACGAAAUUGCGUCAGGGUUGUCGCAUUUCUUUGAGUCCUAUUGGUCAGGAUUUGAUGGUCUCCUUUCGUAUGUUGUGGUGGAUCCACUUGGACAACAGAUGAUUGUGCAGUGUUUGUGCAUGUAGUGCUUGUUUGAGAAACAGGGUUCAUGCUCUGAUCGUCAUGUCUUGGCUGCUGUUGUUGUUGUUGUGGUGGUGGUGGUGGCGGCGGGGCAUCCAUUUGACCUAUAGAUUCAUGUGAUUGUGCAAAGCUGUUGAGACUCAGUUCGGAAACAAGACUCGGGGUUUGAAGCUCAUUUAUGCUAUGUUGUGGCGGGGCAUCCAAUCGAAUCGGUCUCUGUUGUCGCAGGGGUUGUUGUUGUAGUUGUCGCCUUUGGUAUUUUGGCGACAUUGAGAAACUGGAGUGCAGUGUCUUUGUCCUAUUGGAAGUCGAUUGCGGCCUCCCAUUGAGAAUAUAGUAGUUGUCAUUAUUUUGUCCCCAGCUCUUGGGAGGUCCAUAGAUUGGGAUAUUGCAGGUAGCUUGCUCUGCCACUGUCCCCACCACACCAUACGAUACCCGCUUCGUUGAUUUGCUGCUUUGUUCAUGGGAGAAUUGUUGCUGCUGUUGUCGUUGAGGUACCGGUAGAUCGAAAGGUGCUCUGGGUUCACUUGGCGGCAGUACCGUGGCAGGUGAUCUUGUUUCCUCGGGCUCUAUUAGAUUUGCCGGUUCUUGUUCUUGUUCUUUCUUUUGCUCUUGCAAUGGAGUCUCCCUGGACGGUGUCCUUGUUGAUGAUGUUGCUGAUGGUGUCUCUGAUGGUGUCGCUGAUGGUGUUGAUGUUGUUGAUGAUGCUGAUGACCAUGCUUGGGUAUUCUCUGCAGGCUCUUCCCUCGCUGGUUCACUGAUAACCCCUUCUCGCUGCAUAGUCGGAUCCUGCCCUGAUCUUGAUGUCGAAGAUGGUGUCCGACACUCAUUGCUAUCCCUUGACGACCUAUGUGAAAAUGGAUCCUCUUCCUCCACAGUCGAAGCCAAGAUUCCCCGAAACAGCUUGCUUACUUUGUCCAAGGGUGUCUUCCCCAUGGGCGACGAGGACGUCAAAGGAUCCGUGUUAUUCUCGCGUGCUUCCUCUGCUUCUGCCUGCUCUUGGACAACUAGUUCUUCUAAAAACCUCACCCCCGCUCGUUGCCGGGCUCUUUUUUCGUCCUUCAUUCGCUUCUGCGAUCUCCGCCUGAGAAACUCUUGAACUACUGCCGAGCUAUCCCCCAUGACAUUUGCCAAGUGUACCAUUGUGUCUUGAAACAGCGAUUCCAGAUCUUCAUCUUGUUUCAAUCGAUUCUUCAAAUGGGCUGCUUCUGGAAACAGAGUAAUCAAUUCGUUGAUCUGAUCCCUCGUGUACGAUGCAGACCUUCGAUAGGACAUCUUUGGCAGCUCUGUCAAGAUAUCCCAGGUGGUCAGGUUUAUCUUGGUCUAACCAAGCUUGUCCUUUGCGCUGCUGUCACGCACGACGCACAGUGCAAUCAAACAAACAAGGAAGCGCUGCCGCCAAGAAGCCCAGAUACGCAAAUCAUUUUGUGGAUGUGUGUGGAGGCAGUGAUUCGUCAGGCUACUUAAGAUGCCACUUCGCCCAAAAGCCUUAAGUAACCAUCGCUCAAGUGUCGCAGGUGCGCUGUCGUUGCCCUUUUGGCUCUGGAGGGCCCUGCUCCUCGAAGCUGCUCACGAAAUUGGUUCUGACUGCCUCAAGGUUGCUCUUUGCUCUCUGUUGACUUUGGCCGACAAUGAUAUUCUAAAGCGACGGACAACAACAAUAACAAUGGUGUUCCAGGUAAAGGAUGAUCUAAGGUUGGAGCUUCCAGUGAUGAGUAACGACUCUCCUCUCUUCAAUGCCGACAGCCCCAAGAGCGACAGCACCAAGAGCUUCCGCAUGUCCGCCUUGAAGACCAAGAGCUCCAAGAGAUCGUCCGGCUAUUCCAAAGAUCAGGUCAAACAGCUGCUCGAGCUCUUUCCCGAAAUUUCGCAUCUACAAAAGAGAGCCGACAACGAGACUUUGGAAGAACUCUUCCCUGAUUGUCUGGCCGAGUUGGUACAAAUUCUGGGGUCUCCUAAAAAGGUCGAAAAGGAGCUCUUCCGUCGCAAGGAGGCCAGAGAAAAAGAGUCACGGCGAACAGCAGAGCGAGAAGCAAGAAAGACAGCUGGAGUACGAUUUGCCAGUACUACAAACGAUUCCAGAGUCUUUGAAUGUCUCGAAUCAGAGGCACUUCGGCGCGCUGGUAUUGCCGACAAAGCACUGGCCAAUGCCACGGCGGCGAGAGACAAGGUACACAAACUCUACAAGGGAUUGAUUUCCACCACGAAUCCAGUCAAAUGCGAUCGGAAAAACGAUGACGAUUCAUCGGCUGUCAGUAGUAUGCGUCGAAUGUCGACGGCGCCCACAGAAAGCAAUGCAGCAGGGGAAGAAGAGAAUGGCAAAAACAAUCACCACACGACAACGAACACAGUCAAAAAGAACCGCAGUAGUGAGAGUAAACCCAACAACGAGCAACAUCCUAUACAACCACACCAAAGCAACAACAACAAUACUAAUAAUGGUAUUACUACGGAACGAUGGGAAAGUCUUCGCUCUGAAGCCCGCGUGGUGAUCACAAGAAGACUUUUGAUCGGAUGGAGAAUGUCAUCCGAAACUUGUCAGGGAAGCGAGUGCAACAAGUGCCCUCUGCUCAUGAAACAAAGACGGAUGCAAUGCGUUGUGUGUGGGGGAAGUGGAUCGGGACAGGAUGGGAUGUACGCCAGUGGAAAUCAAAGCACAACAACAUCGUCGACUCGAUUGCCCGUCUUGCCAGCAGCAAGUUCGGGUCAAAGCGGCACCGUCAGCUCAAAACGCCCCUCGCCUUCACAGAUACUCAAGCCACCAUCCAUGCUGGGUGGAGUCAUGACCCCAGAAUCAAGCGACUCGAACGAUUCACCAUCCAAUGUACUGGGAAAGCUCACCCGAAAGAUUGAAAAGCAUCAGCAAACAGUAGCCGAAGCGGCAACAGGGAAGAGCCAAAAGAAAAGCAUCAAAAGCAGCCCCAAAAAGCUCGACAAGCUGCUUGAACAGCAAAAAAAAGUCAAGUCUUACAAGCAGGGCAGUGUUAUUGUCUACGAUGUGACGGAUGAUUCCAGCUACAACCUUGAACAAGUCGAAGUACAGAAAAGGAAUUCUUACAACUCGGAGAUUUCCGUCUCCAACAACAGCGGCAAGAUCCGAGGUUUCCUUGCAUCUGCAAACGGUGAUAAUGGCAGCACAUCCGUAGGAACACGCUCGAAAGGAUCCUCUUCGUCCAGCAAUGAAAGUAGCGAAGACUCGGGAAGCACUAGUCAGGCCCCGGACGAUGAUGUCAACAACUAUGUGCCCCGCCGGGUUCAGCUAGAUGAUAAGGAAAAGCAAGAGAUACUGGAGGAGGUUCAAAGUAUCCUUACGAAAAGCGCCACCAGCUCCAAGCAUAGCAUGAGCGCCAAGCGCUCACGAGUGGGGCAGGGAAUUCUUGCCAAAACAGAAGAAGGCUGGUCUUUACUGGAUGCUUCCUGCCAUGUGUGUGACAUGCCGCUGUUGGUCGAUCCCACAGGGGAAACCGAGCUUUGUGUGUAUUGCGAGGUGAAACGAAAGGAACGUCGCGGGAAGCGUAUGUCAUCGACAGCACAAGAACCCGAGAUUCACCUGGAUCCGAAUCGCUGUACACCAAGCGAAAUCACUGAUUCCCUUUGCGGAAAGCCAAGGAAACCGCCGGUCAGUGUUACAGUCAUACACUCCUCGGGAGGAACAGGAUCGAGUUCAGACCCAAGCGGUGGCGGGGGAAACCAGGGGAAGAGCGCCGCUACGCAGAUUCUACCUCCAAUGCCCAACGAUGGUCGGAGCUCCGUUGGUUCUCCAAUCAAGGAACGCCCGCGACGGUGUAGAACAAAACGUCUGGAUGAAAUCGACAGCCAGCUUCGGCCAGUUGCAAGUCCUGGCUUUGACAGUCAAGUCAUGUUCCCCAUUCCGGUUCCUAGAGACUUGCAGGAUUCGGACUAUCAAGGCAGUGAAGGUAACAUGGAGUUCAGACAAGACAAUGAAGGGGACUAUGAUGCCCUUCGGCAAGUAGCCAGCCCCGAUUUUGAUGAUCACAAUAUGUUUCCUUUCUUGAAAGAUGGCCGGCAAGGCAUUAAUGGAGAGCGCCUUCCACAUGGCAAUGAAAACACGCAGCAUCCUGGAUAUACUGGAAGAGACCACUAUGAAGGACAAAGCCUUUACGGUGAGCGCCCUGUGGCAGAAGGGCGCGAGUUCAUGGGGAUUUUACCUCAGCACGUCGAAGAAGCCAACCAUGUUGGUACCAUUCAACCGCCGGAUAACACGUUUGUCUUGCCCCCUUGGUCAUCGAGUGGAGUGCCUAGCCCCCGACAACAAUCAAAGAGACAGCACCUCGCCGAGAAAUUAAGGGCAGAGUGGCGUCAAGAGCAACUGGUAUACGAGCAAGUGAAGGAGCGCAUCCGAGGAGACCACAGUGAAUCGUCCGUAUCUGCGUACGAACCACCACUUGCCAAAGAUACACUCGACUUUCGGAAUAGACCACAUUUCCAAGAAGGCUAUGAAGAGCAGUUACCACCCUACGACUUGGAACAGACACAGGUGCCGUGGCAAAAUCCACACGUUAAUGUUUAUGCGGCACACACGCACAUGAGCGCGGGAGAGACACGGCAGAGCUCCUCAAACCGCUUCUUCGGUGCCACGGAUGAGUUUCGGGACGAACCACCAGUUCAUAGCGCCCCUGUGCCAGAUUACGCUCACGGAGUGAAUCCUUAUGAAUCCAAUGAGCUAGCAUACAUGGCAACGGAGGGAGCAUCGCGAUAUGGAUCAGAAACAGCUAAAGACGUCAAUGACGAAAUGAGGCUUCGAGUUGCAGAGAAUAUAAAGGUCGAGCGAUUCAAUGGAACAAGAAUGCAACCCACAAGAGAGACAACAUUGAACAGCGCCAAUCUUCACAUUUUUGAAGAAGUGCCCACAGAGUACGUUUCACCGAGAGCACAUCCACAUCAGGGAGCCCCUUUCAACUUUCAAACUGCUGCCCAGCCCCAAGCUCUGGCGUCGCCACAGACAAGCACGAAUUUCUACGAGCAACUUCAAUCGCGGGCUGAAUAUGCAGCAUGGAAGUCUCAUCAUCCCUACAACGACCAGAUGCAAGGGUCACAACAGGCCAGGUCAGUGCUGAAUUCAACUAACUCAUUGUCGCGAAACCAGCAUUCAUCUUAUUCAGGUGGUGUCAUCCAUGGGUCGGCUGAUGGUAGAGCGACCGACGUUAAAAAGAAGAUGCCUCAAAGUGAAAACAUGCAAUCAUUACAGCACUCAAAUCAGCAACAGAAUGGCAGUCACGAGGAAUCACUCCCCGCUCAAAUGAGCAUGCUAUCUGAGGGACCCCUCCCUAGUGUGCGCGAAAUCCCGAAUGAGGUAUCUUCUCCUAACAACGCUUCUCCAGCCGAGAAAAACUCAUCUGGAAAAGUGAAGCGGUCUCCCACGAACGGCAAGCCAACAAGUAAGGAGAACUCAUCCUUGGUUUCGUCCCUUGGUGUUCAAGGAAUGGACACAUCUUCAAGGGGUGGGGAUGCAACAAAAAGAGCAUCAAGUAAGGAAAGCCUUUCGUUGGUGUCGGUGUCGUCCCUGGGAGUCCAAGGAAUGGAAGAAGGCCAUGUUUCAGGAGAGGUGGGGGUCAGCUCCCCGGCAAUCGUCAAAUCGAGAACAAAGUCACUUGUUGACGAGCUGUCGCUUUCAACAAAAGAUCCAGCCAAGUCUGCCUCGAGCAAGCAAAGCGACAGUGGAGGCUCCGAAUCUUUGUUGACAUCCAUAAGAUUCCACGGGCAGGCAACAAAAAACGCAGGUCAAGAUCCACCUGAUGCCCCGCUUCACGUUGCGUUUCGAGGAUAUCGUGUUGGAAGGGAUCCCGAGGAAGUGAUGGGCCUGUCCCCGAGGAGGGUGAAAGGACCCCGCACCCCUCGGGAAUCCCCUUUGAAAGGUUCCCCAGAGCAGAAAAGUAUGGAAUCCCCACUAAAAGGGUCGCCUCAGCAGAAAAGCAACGAGACGCCGGUUCUGAAGCCGGAUCUAACCAACGGUGGAUAUUCCAUAGUGAUUCCGGAUGGAUUUGAUUUCAGCGACGAAGAACAGAUGCGGAAACUCUUUCUUUCAGCACGGAACCAGAGUGCACAGCAGGAGAUGGCCGAGGCAAAGCAAGCAGCAUCUUCAUCCACAGAAAGUCAGGGGCUGACGAGUCCCACACCAAUACUACCUGAAGAUGAAAGCGCUUCAAAUUGGCUAUCACCCAACAAGCUUCGAUGGCCCGAGACUGGUUCGUUUGGGCUCAUACAAUCCAUCUCUAAAAAUAGAAGCAGCAGUGAGGGACAGUCGGGUGGGAAUUCUUCUCGUGGUUUGAAAACCAGCAGUUCCAAUUCGUCGGCCCAGAACAAGUCAGACGGAUUGCCAAUGCUUCCGUCCCUGAACAGUGGGAAGAACGCAAGUGACAUAUCAGAUAAAUAUGUCUACCACACAGUUGGAGCACCGAAGCCAAAUCGUUACCAUCAAUUCGAGCAAAAUCCAAUGUUGAAGCAACUCAUGGAUGAGGAGGAGGAUGAAGGAGAGUUACAAGAUCUCGCCACACCAUCGGCAACAAUGAGGAGUGGAUCGACAGAAGACAUAGAAGCAAUGGAAGCUGGUUUGAAGCAUAGCAAACCUAAACGUCAAGCAGGCAAGGCGACAGAAACAGGGCAGCAACUGGAUGUUCACGCAUCCAACAUAUAUAAUGGACCCGAUGAAUCGAAAUACUAUGCUCAAGCCUCGACCGCUGGAAUGAGUGAAUGGAUGGGGUUUUCAGUCAGCUCAGGACAGCCAGAGACAGCUGGAUCAACAACAGCUGCAAUGACGACUGCGGGUGGCAGUGACGCCGCGCUUGCAACUGAUCCUGCGCAUGGUUUUGAGGUGACACCGUCGCUUGGUUGCUUCAAAUUUGAACUCCCUCCUUCGCAAUCAGCACUCGCCAAUGCGAGAAGAGAAGCGACGGACACCGUCAACAUGGGGUCUAGUCAAGCUGAAUCCACAAGUAUGGAUAUUGCAACAAAGAUGAGCGAAGCUAGCAAGGAUUACGAAGCUACAAGAGCUGUCAUGGACCUAGCAUCGAAUCCUGCCGUGGCAACUCACUACAAAGCGGGUGUCGACAAAGGCAAUGCAUCAAAGUCAGGCGAUGCCGCUAAAUCCACUGGGAUCAGCGAUCACUUUGAAGUACUGAAAGACUGGGACAUAACAAACUUUGAAGACGGCUCAACAAACCCUGGUGCCGGGAAAGAGAACGAAGCAGGAAACUCUCAACCCGAGGGCUUCACCAAGAAUAAAACUUCUCCAGAUCUCCAAAACUUGGACGUUUCUGAGCUCCCCUAUUUCAAGGCAAUGUAUGAGUUCAUGCAAGCUCAGUUUGCAGGGCAAAUAUCUCCGCAAAAUGCGAAGUCAACGGCGCAAGUAGAAUCUCAACGAUCUGCGGCUCCUUCGGAUCGGUCGACAACGGUUCCACCAACGGAGAAAGCGGCACCUGAAUCUGAACCGGAGAAACAGAAAGAGAUGCAACCGCCUGAAAUUGGAGCAGCAGUUAAAGACAAGCCAGUGCAAAAGCAGCUCUUAGAACCUGAGAUGUCCCCUAAAGCGCCGGUUACAAGUCCGGGCUCACCUCCAACACCAAAACCUGAAUCAGAUGUCAGCGACAAACUUGCACAAAAGCAGCUGUUAGAACCUGAGAUGUCCCCCAAGCCGCCUGUUACGAGUCCAGGAUCACGCGCGGGAGAAGAUCGGGAAAAAGUCAAAGUCAACUCACCUGGCAGCACAAGUUCCAGCGUCGAAUCAGAAACCAAAAACAAGUCAGGUCAAAGGCAGCCACUGGAGCCUGAUAUGUCACCGAAAGCUCCUGUGAAGAGCCCAGGAAGUAGUGGAGAAUACCAAGAAACACGGUCAACAUCAUCAACUCCGCCAACGGCAAGUGCGGUGCUAGAAAGUGAAACUAACGAGCAAACAUCUGCGGUUCGCCGACGCAUACCGGUGGAACCGGAUGUCAUGACCCCAACACUUCAAAACUCUGAAGAGACCGAACAGGACGACAGCGUUCGUCGUGAACCAGAAAUAUCGUUCCCCGAACUAGAGGUAUCCCCCGCCAAAGCAAACGGAAUGUCUUCGCCAAAGGCAAAAGAGAUGUAUUCUCCCAAACAAAGAGAACUCGCUUCGCCCAAGCCGAAAAAACUCGCUUCUCCCAGAGCACUAAUCUCAUCUCCCAAACUAGACUCUCAGAAGGAGUACUUGGAAUCGUUGAUCGAGUCAAUUAGAGCUCCUGCGAGGGUAUGGGACGAAGAUGUACCGAGGCCUGCACGGAGCGAUCCGCCAGAAUGCGAAAAGAAACCGGAUAGGAAAACGACGAGAGUCGCCUUGGAUCCUGACGAAGUGGAUGUCACUAGUUUUGCUGCCACUUCUCAAGCCCAUGAUCACCACCUUUUCCUCCCGAGCCCCACCUCAAGGGCUGGCAGGGAAGUUUCCAGAGAAAACGUGGAUUUGCCAUUCAAUUAUAGCAUCAAUAAUGUGAAGACGAAAAUGCAUACAGGCCAGAAAACGAGACCAGCAAAGGAGCCAUCAGGGGUCAAUGGGGAUGUUGCGUGCAAGCUGCGGGACAUGGAGGAUUCAAGCGGAGUUCUAAUGGUAUCCGUCAGUAAUACCCAAAGUGGCCUCCAGCAAGCCACCGAGGUGCCCGUUGUCAAACCAAAGCUAACACAGGAAAGCCCCGCAGCGCCUUCUCCGCCGUCUUUGCCAGCUGUCCGCUCCCCAACUACCUUUAUUGGUUCCAAUGAAUACAAGUCAGAGCACCACCAGAAUUACCAAACACACCUCAGCCCAAUGAAUCAAUCUUGUAGCGAGCCACCAUCACUAAGUAAAGCCGUCCGAUCGCCUCGCGAAUCGCUUAGGGGCAAGCAAGGACACCAGGCCAUUGUCUCGAACUUCAACAAUCUGCAGCCGCCGUCACCCAAUAUGGAGAGACAGCAGAAUGCGGGAUUGAAUUCCCCAGGACGCCAAUAUCGAACGCUGAACACAUCAAGCAGAGACAACUUCAACAAUCUGCAGCCGCCGUCACCCAAUAUGGAGAGGCAGCAGAAUGCGGGGUUGACUUCCCCAGAACGUCAAUAUCGAAUCAAGCAGAUUACUGUGUUGAAUUCUCCGAGACAAGAUCGCGUCGUCGAUGAUUUACCGAAUGAAGAGUUUCUGCCUGAAUUGGAAACUGGCCGACGCCCUGACUUCAGCAGUCAGGUUCGUCUGCCCGAAUUGAGCCCAGGUGGCCGUCUCUCUAGCUUUAAAAAACGAAGCCAGGCGCGUGCCAGUACCGCUAACUCGACCGAAAUGGCUACGAAAGGACGCCACAGAAGCAAAGAAACUCAAAGCGGAACGGAUAGUGAUGAUGCUAUUUUCGACAUCAGAAUCCCAAGUUCGAGCAGGAAAGAACAGAUAUCGAAAGAAAAGACAUGUCCCAAACCUGAGAUAUCUGCGCGAGCAAACAAUGCAACGAAAAAUCUCGAAGCACAGCAAACCCAGGCAAGCGACAUCCACAUGCGAAAGCACAGAAAUAGGUUGAAUGAAUAUCCAUCCGACGAGCACACCGGUAUCACUCCAGCCCUGGAGCCGAGAGUACAGUCACCUUAUUUCGAUGGUAUUUCUCCCCUGGGUGCAGACUCUGAUCCUGCAAUCCCGUCGCCUCAAGCCCGAAAACAGAGAGAGAGUCGACCGUGGGCUCAAGAAAAUAUGCUGAAAGUUACAUCACCACGAAGCAAGCGUGCUCCACCCAUGGCAGAUCAACUCCCCCCUCCUCCGCCCAGACAGUCACGAAAACUCUCAGCCUCGGGAGCAUCCCCUGGGCCUUGUUCACCUGAAAAUUCUACUCCGAAGAAGCCCCCGAGGGCGAGAGAACCAUCCUAUGGCGAGGAUGCGGCUUCCCAAAAAGAUACUCUGGCCGCGUCGACAAAAACAGGAACGACGAGAACGAGAGGGUCCACCCAUUUAGAGAUUCAAAAAGCGUAUCGCAUCCGAGGUAACAGUUCGUCCAGCAUCUCGUCAUGGACCACAGACGAGUCCUUCGGCCCCAAGGCCAAUAACAGCAGGACUCGUUCCAAAGCAUCAGUUGUUCGACGCGUGUUAGACAAUCUGAGAUUCGAGGCCCAAGCAACUGAAAGCAGCUCUGUUUCAUCCAUUUCAUCUAGAAGACACGAAAAGCUGCAUGUGAGUGACCGCCGCAAUCCCGUGAGAAAAGAAGAGGUACCACUCCGACGCAGGAAGGAGACGAUACCGAACAUGCCCCACAUGGCCAGCAGCUCUGUUUCUUCCUCUUCGUCUAGAAGACAUGAAAAGCUUCACGUGAGCGACCGCCGCAAUCCCGUGAGAAAAGAAGAGUUACCACCCCGACGCAAGAAGGAAACGAUACCGAACGUGCCCAAUAAGGCCAGCAGCAAGUCUUAUGGGAGUUACUCUUCCUGGGCCACUCGAGACAACACGAGCCCACGCCAUAAAAGCCCGCGGCACGCCAAAACGGAGGCGAGGAAGCAUGGAAAACUCAGCAAUUUGCAAACCGUGGACGACGACGACAAGGGCCUCUACUUCAUCGGGGGCCCAUUGGAUCAAAAGGGAUCAACGGACUUCCUUGCUAGCCCCGCUUCGGCUGGUUCAGAUUCAACACCGUUUGAGGAUAUUUUGAACAGGUGCAAGAGCAAGCUCGAACGACUGAGCGUGCCGUCCGAAGACAAUCGCGAGGAUGAGAGAGUACCGAGGUCGUCACCCUCAAGGAAGUUCAGAUCUUAUGGCAGCCGCAGCACCACGAGUGAAUCACAGAUAAUUGAUCUGGUGGAUCACGACGACGCGAUGAGUAUGAGAUCGGUACGGACGAGCAGGACGGCACGUUCCGAAAGGACCUCCCGUUCAGCUAACUAUUGA